AUGGCGAAAUACAUCGUUCUUCCCACCCCACCACCACCACCACCACCACCACCAUCUCCGCCGUUACCACUUCACAUUAAUCACCCCUUUUCACUCUACGCCGGCGACCUCCAUCCAGACGUCACCGAACCCGAACUCUACAUCCUCUUUUCCAUAAUCGGACCACUACAGAACAUUCAUCUCUGCAGAGAUCGUCUCUCUCGCAAAUCGCUUUGCUAUGCCUACAUCAAUUUCUGCUUCCCAGUUCACGCUGCUGAUGCUUUGUGUCGUCUGAAUCAUACCGAAAUAAGAGGGAAAGCGAUUAGGAUAAUGUGGUGUCAGAAGGACCCAAUUCAGAGAAAAACUGGAAUCGGUAAUCUGUUUGUGAAGAAUCUUGAUUCAUCAGUUCAUGAGACUCGAUUGGAAGAAGUAUUUGGGGUAUUUGGGAGGAUUCUUUCUUGUAAAAUUGCUAAAGAUUGUUAUGGAAAUAGCAAAGGGUUUGGAUUUGUUCAGUUUGAUUCAGAGGAAUCAGCUAAAGAAGCUCUCUGUGGGUUAAAUGGCUCUAAACUUGAUGGGAAAAUUUUGACUGUUGAUAAGUUUGUAAAGAAAAGUGAGAGGAAGGAACCCGAGUUUACGAAUGUGUAUGUGAAGAAUCUUGAUGAGGAUUUUAGCGAGAGUUCGUUGAAAGAAAAGUUUUCGGAAUAUGGGAAGGUUACGAGUGCUGUGAUUGUGCAUGAUACUGAAGGGAAAUCAAGAGGGUACGGGUUCGUGAACUUUGAGUUGCACGAUGAUGCCAAGAUGGCGAUCGAGGGUCUAAAUGGCGCAGAAAUCGGUUCCAAGAAAUGGUUUGUUGGAAAGGCGAUGAUGAAAGCCGAAAGGGAUGUGUUCUUACAACGAAAAACGGGUUCGAAACAGAACCGUAAUGCCUCAAAUCUGUUCAUCAGAAAUCUUGCAAUGUCUGUAAAUGCCGAAAAUCUCAAGAAAGUUUUUGGUGCUUUCGGUCGUGUUACUUUCGCGAAAGUGAUGUGUUAUAAGAACGGAAUUAGCAAAGGAAUCGGCUACGUAUGCUUCUCUAAACCACAAGAAGCAAAGAAAGCUAUGGACUUUCUUAACGGAUUCUGUUACCAUGGAAAGUAUAUGCAAGUGUCUGUGGCUUUAAGUAAAGAAGAAUGCGAAAAACGAUUGCAGGCCCUUUAUGCCUUCCGGGAUCCAUUCCGAUUCCCUUACAAUAUCGCAUCAACGGCUAGAUUUCCGUUCUACAACUUGAACUGGCAGAAUCCGGUUAUCAGGUUUGGAUUACAGAAGAUACCGAAAUUGGAGAAGAAGUUCGAAACGGAAGUCCAGAAGGAUGAUAUAGCAGCAAAUGAAGCAAACGUUUCGGAUGAUGAUCAUGACGGAGCUUCAAAAGACGAGUCUCCUACUAAUUCAGAUUAGCACCCAUAGAAAUCAAUCUCAAGAUUUCUUGAUCAUGAUUAGCAGUUCUGUUUACUAUAUAACCAGUCUCAAGAUUUCUUGAAUUGAAGAUAUGCAAAACAAAAACAGUGAACUGUAAUGUGCUUAAUA